CCACACCGCGGACUCAGUCCAGUUGCUCCACCGCUUCGCUCUUCUCCUCCUCUCUCUCGGUUCUCAUCUCAGUCAGUCUCAGUUUCAGUUUCAGUCAGUUCCCCCCCGGCGACGUUCCCGGGAGGUAGGCAGACUGCUUCGGAUCCGCGCCGCCGCCGACGCUCCCCGCCGCACGUCGGCGUCUCUGAGCUGCUGCACCUUACGCCCCCGCGGCCGGCCGGCGCGUUGCAGCAGAGUGCGUGUGUGCGUGCGAGUGCGUUGCCUAUCGACGAGUGCCCCGGCGAGUGCCCCAACAACAGCGAGUGCCCCACAGCAGCGAGUGCAAAAGGAAUACAGUGCAGCAAUGGCAUGGGAUGCACCUGACCUGCAGUGAGAGGAGUACAGUGCAUCAUCGGCCGGGCCCUCCAGCAGGGCCUGCAGCCGCGCCCGCAGCACGCGGUCGGCCUGCUCGGCGUUCUCGACGUGCUCCCAGCACGGGGCGGCGGCACCCACCACCGCACCCAGAAUAACGGGCCCAGGGUCGCCCCCGCCAUGCCGCCCAGCUCGCGGCCCCCGCGGCUGCCGGCGCUGCCCCUCCUGCCGCUGCUGCUGCUGACGCUGCUGUGCCACGAUGCCCUCUGCAACCGGCCGCCGCUCUUCCUCGCCGACAUGCAGGGCCUGGUGCUGUUCGAGGACGCGGCCGUGGGCGACGUCGUCUACACGCUCAAGGGCGAGGACCCCGAGGGCUCCCCGCUGCGCUACGGGCUCGUGGGCACGGACCGCUUCGAGGUGGACAGGAUCACGGGGCAGGUCCGCGUCGUCCGCCCGCUGGACCGCGAGAUCAAUGAUACGCUCAGGUUUUAUGUCACGCUGGAAGAUGAAUUAGGCGAUGACAACGGCAUUCAGAGCGGGAAAAACAACCUCGUUCAGGUGGAAGUAUCUGUCAUCAUCGCCGAUGUCAAUGACAACCCGCCAACUUUUAUUGGGACGCCAUAUGAAGUUCUUGUUCCUGAGGAUACAAAACCUAACAGUGUUGUAUUCCAUGGAAUUCAACUGCAAGAUCCAGAUCUGACAGGGGAAACUCUUGAAGUUGCCUGCGUUGAAGAAGAGCAGUUUCCUGGGGCUUGCGAGAAGUUUUCUGUGGCCGUUGUUGCUGCCAAUGCUAGUCACUUUACAGGAGAUAUUGUUUUAGAAAGAGUGUUGGAUUACAACGAAAGGCAAUUCUACCAGUUUACUUUAGUGGCAACGGAUGGCACAUUCAAUUCUACUACUAGUGUUGAGGUAAAAGUAGAGGAUGUGCAGAACUCUCCUCCAGUAUUUCAGGGCUCUUUAACUGGUGUUCUUGAAGAAAAUGACCCUAUUGGCACUCUGGUACUUAAAGCACAAGCAAGGGAUGGUGAUCGUGGACAGCCAAGACAAAUUUAUUAUGAACUUGUCAACAAUCCCUUGGAGUACUUUUUACUUGAUGCAAACACAGGGGAGUUAAGAACUGCUCGUCCAUUAGAUAGAGAAGCUUUGGAAGAUUCAACUGGUGUUUUGAAAGUGAAGAUAAGGGCAAGGGAGUUGGUAGAUGGUUACCCCAGUGACGAUCCUCUUACAAGUACUACUGCAGAAGCUACUGUUACUAUUCGUGAUGUAAAUGAUGAGCCACCAACGUUUGAUAGAAAGGAGUACAGCGUUUCAAUACCAGAGAAUGCUGCUGUAGGAACACCAUUACCGCACCUUGAUAUGACAGUUACAGAUUCAGAUGUGGGCACAAAUUCAGAAUUUUCUUUGCAUUUGGAAGAUGUUUCUGGUGCAUUUGCUGUUGAACCAAGCAAAGCCAUAGGGUCCACAUCAGUCAGUAUAAGAGUUGCAAAAGGCUCCAUGGACUAUGAAAAUCCUAAUCACAGGAAAUUUAUUAUUCUUGUGGUUGCAGAAGAGCUCCACACGGAAGAGCGGCUGUCCUCCACUGCUACAGUUACUGUAACAGUCACUGAUGAAAACGAUAAUGCGCCAGUUUUUGACUUGGAGGCAUAUUCAGCAAGUGUUCAUGAAAGUGCAUCUCCGGGCACUGUAAUUACUACAAUCACUGCUCAUGACAGAGAUAAUGGACGUUUUGGAGAGGAUGGAUUUGUUUAUCAGCUAAUUGGAGAUGGAGCUGAAAAGUUUCUUGUCAACAAAAAGACCGGGGUAAUUCUAGUUGCACCAUGUGAGAAUCCAGGAUCAGGGUCCUGCCUGGACUUUGAGACAAAACCUGUUUACUACCUUAAUUACAAGGUAACUGACGAUGAGGGAUCACCAUCUGGGUUAUCUGCUGUUGUCCCUCUGAAAAUAUCUCUUCUUGACUCCAAUGACAACACACCCAUUUUCACAAACAAGAACUAUACUGCUGUCAUUGAUGAAGGAGCCACAAACUUUGAGCCACCUUUGGUUGUGGAGGCACGAGAUGCUGAUAAAACAUCUGAAGUCAUGUACUCUAUCAAACAGGGCAACAUUCAAAAUUUGUUUUCUAUUGAUACCCACACUGGUGAGGUGAAGGUUUCAAAUCCUGACGGAUUGGAUAUGACCAAUGUUCCUACUGAUACUAUUGCCUUAACUGUGCAGGCCUCAGACGGUAAAUUCAGCUCUCAGUGCAUUGUGCAUAUAACUGUUCUUGAUGUUAAUAACAACCACCCAGAAUUUGAACAAGAAACUUAUCUUGCUUCUCUACCGGAAGAUAUUCCUGUUGGCACAACAGUGGAUACAGUGGUUGCAAUGGAUGCUGAUGCAGGUGUCAAUGCCCAAAUAAAAUACAAAAUUCAAAAGGGGGCUUUUGAUGACUUCUCUAUUGAGCCUGAAACAGGUGUUGUUACAGUAGCAAACCAUUUAGACUUUGACCGAAGACGAUUAUACAACAUUGAAGUCAUUGCUGUAGAUGGCGGUAUUCCAAUGCUUAGUGGAACAACUACUUUGAUGGUCAAUAUUUUAAACACCAAUGAUAAAGCACCAUUUUUUGUCCCAGCUACUCAAAAUGCAGCUGUUACUGAGGAUACUCAACCAGGAACAAUAUUCUAUAUUCUGAAUGCAACUGAUUUGGAUGUAAACAGUUCUGAUGCAUUGAACUUUGCUGCUUCAGAACCAAUCACUGCCAUUGACAAACAUGGCAAACCCGUAAGCGAUAGUGAAGAUUACAAGGAGUUUUUCAACAUUGAUAGUUCUACUGGUGAAGUAUCUGUAGCCAAACCUCUACAGCGUGAUAUUGCGGCUGUUGUGAGAAUUACUGUCCUAGUGACAGAUAUUACAGCACCUACUAUGCAACAAGGAAAAGGUACAUUGGUGGUAAACAUUAUUGAUGUAAAUGAUUUUCCUCCAAUGUUUUCAAAGCCUUGGACUAUUGAAGAUCCUCGUUACAAGGUUGACCUCAUUGAAGAGCAGCCAGUAGGUACAACUGUUGGAACUUUCACUGCCACUGAUGCAGAUUCCAACAUUCAAGGAUAUGCUAUAGUUCCUUCAUCAGCAUACUUUGAAAUCAAUAAUGUGACUGGUGUUGUUAGGACUACAAGACGCAUUGACUAUGAGGAAAACAACAGUCUAAAUUUUACAGUUGUAGCUUAUGACUCUGGGGCUCCUCCUUUGUCAUCCACCGCUGAUGUGUUGGUCAAUGUCAUAAAUAUUAAUGAUAUGGACCCUGUGUUUUCUCAGGCAAAGUAUGAGGCGGCAGUCAAAGAGAAUGCCCCUGCAGGUACUGUUGUUGUUAAAGUCAAAGCUACAGACAAGGAUGAUGGUGUAUUUGGUGUAGUUACAUAUCAACUAAUUGGCGAGCAUAGCAAUGAUUUUCUGAUUGAUCGGGAUAGUGGGGAGAUCACUGUUGCACACCCUAGAGUAUUGGACCGAGAAGCAACUCCUGAAAUAACUAUUCAGGUGAUGGCAAGUGAUGGAGCUCCCCCAGACACUCGUCGCACAGCUGCUGUUCCUGUUACAAUUAGAAUUCUUGAUGUAAAUGAUAACCCACCAGUUUUAACACAACAUAGUUAUAGAGCCACUGUAGAAGAAACAGUAGCUCUGAAUUCUCCUCUGGUACAACUACGAGCUGAAGACCCUGACCAAGGAGAAAACGCUCAUGUGCGUUAUUCCAUUGUCUCCGGAAACAGUGGCGGUGCUUUUGCUGUGGAUCCAGAAACUGGGGUGCUUUUUGCAUCUUCAUCUCUAGUAGGGGCUGAGCGUCAUUUCCAUCUCUUGGUUGAAGCAAGUGAUGGCCAUUUUAUGGAUAGAGCAGAUGUGAAUAUCACUGUUCUUGAUGUUAAUCACAACAAGCCACUUUUCACUCAGCCUGGAUCGACUAAUGCUUCCAUUGGAAUUCCCGAGAGCAACGCUGAGGCAGGCUACCCUGUGUUCACGGUUAAAGCAGUAGAUGGUGAUGGUGGUGAAAAUGGUCAUGUUACAUACCAUUUCAAGGUUGACAAUCAAAAUGUUCAGGAGACAGAAGAAUUUUACAUAAAUGAUGAAACUGGAGAAAUUGUCACGAAGGUACUGUUGGAUAGAGAGGCCAAGGAAAAAUAUGAGUUGGUUCUUGUUGCUCGCGACCACGGAUCACCUACAAGCUAUGAGACUCUCAGAGUUCUCACAAUUAAUUUAAUUGAUGCUAAUGAUAACAAUCCAGAAUUUACAAGAGGACCACUGACCAACCCAUAUCAUUUUAGUGCUCCAGAAAAUGCACCCAUUAAUGUCAAAAUUGGAAAGGUAGAAGCUCAGGAUCCAGAUGAAGGUCUUUAUGCCCGAAUUUACUACUACAUAAUGCGGAACAGUGGUUCAGGCCUGUUCACAAUUGAGCGAACAGAUGGUACGCUUUACACAAAUGCCACACUCGACAGAGAAAAGGAGGAUUCAUAUGAGCUUUACAUUAAAGCUAGUAAUGAUCCUGAUUUUUAUAUUUCCAAGGAUGAACUUAAUGCUCUAAGUGAUGAUGAGCUUCAGCAAGAUCCUACCAUUGCCCAUGUUCUCAUCACAGUCCUUGAUGAAAAUGAUAAUGCUCCACAGUUUGAGCAUUCAAAUUAUUAUGCGGGAGUCAAUGCAAUGGCCAAUGUUGAUGAGCUUGUUGUCCAGCUUACAGCCAAAGAUCCUGAUUUAGGAAUUAAUGGCUCAAUAAUAUACUAUAUUGCUGCAUCUAACUUAUACAAGUAUGGAUCAAAUAGGUCAUCUGGAUCUAUUGUACCCAGUCCGUUUAACAUCACCCAGAGUGGACAGUUACGAACUUCUAAUUACAUGGCUGAAUAUAAUCAAGAUAGAUUCAUAAUUGAUGUUGUUGCAAGAGAACAAGCUCUGCCAGAAAGAGAGACCCGCACAAAAGUUCAUGUUUGGUUGUAUGAACCAUCUCAAUUAAUUCGUGUGAUUUUAUCUCGACCACCUAGUGAAGUUCAUGCUCAGCAAGCGGAGAUUGUCGCUGAGUUAUCCAAUGCCACCCAGCGCUUGGUGGUUGUUGAUGGCAUUGGACCUCACGUCAAUAGCCAAGGCCGUCCGAGGCCCGACUGGAGUGACAUGUACCUUCAUGUAGUUGACACUCCUUCAAACACAAUUGCUGCUAUUCCUGAAGUCUUAAAAGUUAUAGAUGCUAAAUACGAUUUUCUAAAGGAUUACUAUGCAGGUUUUGCAAUUGAAAAUGUUGUGCCAGCAUAUGUGACACCUAAGGAAGAAGCAAUAGACUCAGCACUUGCUGCUCUCAUAGCUCUACUGAUUGUGCUCUUUGUUGGCUGUGUCACAGUGGUAGUUGUCUGUUGUUGUUUCAGACAUUGGUAAGUGUUUAUCAU